UCCAAACGUCACCCUGACACAUUCGAAAAGCAGUAGGAAAACAUCAAAAAUUCGUUGGCGCGAUUUGAAAAACGAGAAAAUUAUCGUCAAUUGUUGUCGCAGUGAACGCACCAAUCCUUCUGAAUUUACGCAGGAAAGCUAAGAGUCAUGCCAAGCGAGAUAAUUACAUUGCAGCUGGGUCAAUGCGGGAAUCAAAUUGGUUUCGAGUUUUGGAAGCGUCUCUGCUUGGAGCAUGGAAUCUCACCGACGGGGGUUCUGGAGGAUUUUGCGACAGAUGGUCUGGACCGGAAGGAUGUUUUCUUUUAUCAGGCGGACGAUGACCACUACAUCCCAAGGGCCGUGCUCCUCGAUUUGGAGCCUCGAGUGAUACAUACGAUAAUGAGCUCGCCAUAUGCAAAGCUCUACAACCCAGAAAAUAUCUACCUCUCCAAACAUGGCGGCGGUGCAGGAAAUAAUUGGGCAUCAGGUUACAGCCAAGGUGAAAAGUUGCACGAAGAAGUUUUCGAUAUCAUUGAUCGUGAAGCUGAUGGCAGCGAUAGCCUUGAAGGCUUCGUUUUAUGUCAUUCAAUCGCUGGUGGUACAGGAUCUGGAAUGGGGUCAUAUAUCAUGGAACGACUUUCCGACAGAUUCCCAAAGAAACUUAUUGAAACCUACAGCGUCUUUCCAAAUCAGGAUGAAAUAAGUGAUGUCGUAGUUCAGCCUUACAAUUCCUUAUUGACGUUGCGGCGCUUAACUAGUUGCGCGGAUUGUGUGGUUGUCCUCGAUAAUACAGCGUUGAAUAGAAUUGCCACAGACCGACUACAUAUCCAGAACCCAAGCUUUACACAAAUAAAUACAUUAGUUUCAACUAUAAUGUCCGUUAGUACUACAACGCUUCGAUAUCCAUCGUACAUGAAUAAUAAUCUCAUUGGGUUGACGGCGCCUUUGAUACCUACACCCCAAUUGCACUUCCUCAUGACAGGAUAUACUCCAUUGACGACCGAUAAUGAUCAAACCGUUAAUGUCCGUAAAACCACAGUCCUGGAUGUUAUGCGACGACUUCUUCAACCGAAAAAUAUGAUGGUCUCGACAGGUCCUGAUAAAACCAACCAUCACUGUUACAUAUCAAUUUUAAAUAUAAUCCAAGGCGAAGUAGAUCCAACACAGGUUCACAAAUCACUGCAGCGGAUUCGGGAACGAAAGCUUGCUCAGUUCAUCCCAUGGGGUCCGACAAGCAUCCAAGUAGCAUUAUCCAGAAGUAGUCCAUAUGUGCAAAGCAGUCAUCGAGUAUCUGGUCUUAUGUUAGCAAACCACACCAGUAUAUGCUCGCUAUUUGAGCGAGCGCUCAGUCAAUAUGACAAAUUGCGAAAACGUGGUGCAUUCUUGGACCAGUUCAAACGGGAAGAUAUGUUUAAAGAUGAUCUCACUGAACUAGAUGAAUCUCGAGAAGUGGUCGAUUGCCUCGUUCAGGAAUACGAAGCUGCAACUCAACCGAAUUAUUUACAUUGGUCAGCGAGGAAAGGUGAAACCUAGAUCUGAAUGUGAAUUCAUCGAAUAUAAUUAGAUUGAUUGCUUCAAUUGCCAAUUUACUUUUAUCCUUUACUUAUGAGUCUCACUUUUUCCAUUUGUUUUUUAAGACACGAUUUUUGUUUUUGUUAAUAAAUUCAUGGAAUAUCCUCAAU